UCCAUACACGCGCGCACACGCACACACGCGGAGACAGACAAACAAACAAGCGGCGGAGACGCUCCUGCAGGGCGGGUCUGCGCAGCCAUUGCAUGGAGCGGUUUGCCCAAGGCGGUCGGGCGCAAGGGGAGCCCGCCGAUCUAUGACUCGCCGCCUUCGCGAGAGGCAAGCAAGCGGGCGCCUCGCCGUUGACAGCGCCGGACGAGCGGCUGCCGCUGGGACUUCGGCACUCGCCUCGGCCCACAAAAAGAGGAUCUCCGGGCGGUCGCCGUCGGACUCUCUCGGCUCGCUUCCCCGCUUUCUUUUUUUUGCUUUUUCUUUUUGCUUCUGCUUUUUUUUUUUUUUUUUGAGCCGGGGAUGAUUUUGCAAACCAGGUGUGAUCCUUCCUGGCUUUCGGCGCGGCCCCUCCAGUAAAGCUCUCCCGCAGCCCCAACCAAAGCUGCACCGGCCGGAGAAAGGACAGCUGGACUUCGGGCUUUGUGUUUGUUUCCCGGUUGCCCCCUCCCCCCUUUCCCCGGCGUUUGGACUCGAGUGCGCGGUUGUGUGGACCGGGGGGGUCCUCCGGAUUGGUGGGGGGGCGGGGGGGAUUAAAAAAAUAAAGAAGAAGAAGAAAGGAAGCGAGAUCAGCCUUCUCCUCCUCUUUCCUCGCUCGCCUUUUUCUCCGCCAGCCGGCCUGGGGCUGUCGGAUCUUCCUCCAAGAAGGACGGGAACUUUUUAUUUUCAGCUCCCUCGGCCUGUGGCGAAUGGUUGGAGUCUCCAGUCCUUUUCGGUAAAAGAUUGAUCACUGGACUGGUGAACGUAAUAGCUGUCCCAGUCAGAAAAGGAGAGAGGAAAAUGAUAUCUGUCAAAAGAAACACUUGGAGAGCACUGAGUUUAGUAAUAGGUGACUGCCGGAAAAAAGGGAACUUUGAAUUUUGCCAAGAUCGGAUUGAGAAGCAUUCCACAAUGCCAGAUUCACCUGUGGAUGUGAAGACACAAUCCAGGCUGACCCCUCCAACAAUGCCUCCUCCCCCAACUACCCAAGGAGCCCCAAGAACCAGUUCUUUCACACCCACAACAUUAACUAAUGGCACGAGCCAUUCACCAACAGCUUUGAAUGGGGCUCCUUCCCCACCAAAUGGCUUUAGCAAUGGCCCAUCCUCCUCCUCCUCCUCAUCUUUGGCUAAUCAGCAGUUACCACCAGCUUGUGGAGCUCGGCAGCUUAGCAAACUGAAGAGAUUUCUUACAACCUUACAGCAGUUUGGCAAUGACAUUUCACCAGAGAUUGGGGAGAGAGUGCGUACCCUUGUGCUAGGACUUGUGAACUCUACUUUGACAAUUGAAGAAUUUCAUUCCAAACUGCAAGAAGCCACUAACUUCCCACUGCGACCUUUUGUCAUCCCAUUUUUGAAGGCCAAUUUGCCCCUGCUACAGCGGGAGCUCCUACAUUGUGCAAGGCUGGCCAAGCAAAAUCCCGCCCAGUACCUCGCUCAGCAUGAGCAGCUGCUUCUGGAUGCCAGCACCACCUCACCUGUUGACUCCUCAGAGCUGCUUCUCGAUGUGAACGAAAACGGGAAGAGGCGAACUCCAGACAGAACCAAAGAAAAUGGCUUUGACAGAGAGCCUUUGCACUCAGAGCAUCCAAGCAAGCGGCCGUGCACUAUUAGCCCGGGCCAGCGGUACAGUCCAAAUAACAGCUUGUCUUACCAGCCUAAUGGUCUGCCUCACCCUACUCCGCCUCCACCUCAGCAUUACCGUUUGGAUGAUAUGGCCAUUGCCCACCACUACAGGGACUCAUACAGACACCCCAACCACAGGGACCUCAGGGACAGAAACAGACCUAUGGGGUUGCAUGGGACACGUCAAGAAGAAAUGAUUGAUCAUAGACUAACAGAUAGAGAAUGGGCCGAAGAAUGGAAACACCUUGACCAUCUCUUAAAUUGCAUCAUGGACAUGGUAGAAAAAACAAGGCGAUCUCUCACUGUGCUACGGCGAUGUCAAGAAGCUGACCGGGAAGAACUUAAUUACUGGAUACGGCGGUACAGCGAUGCAGAGGAUUUGAAAAAAGGCAACGGUAGCAAUCAUUCUAGGCAGCAGAGUCCAGUGAACCCGGAUCCCAUCCCUUUAGACUCACAUCGGGAAUUCCUUCACAGGCCUGCUUCUGGAUAUGUGCCAGAGGAGAUCUGGAAGAAAGCUGAGGAAGCAGUCAAUGAAGUAAAACGACAAGCAAUGACCGAGUUGCAGAAGGCAGUGUCAGAGGCAGAACGGAAAGCCCAUGAUAUGAUUACUUCGGAGAGAGCAAAAAUGGAGCGCACAGUGGCAGAAGCCAAGCGACAGGCUGCAGAGGAUGCAUUAAGUGUGAUCAAUCAGCAAGAGGAUUCUAGUGAGAGUUGCUGGAACUGUGGCCGUAAAGCCAGUGAAACCUGCAGUGGUUGCAACACUGCACGUUACUGUGGCUCGUUUUGCCAACAUAAAGACUGGGAGAAACAUCACCACCUCUGUGGACAGACUCUACAGGCCCAGCCACACGGGGAGACACCAGCAGUCAGCUCCUCCGCAACACCGAAUAGUGGCGCCGGGAGCCCCAUCGACACCCCACCAGCAGCUACUCCUAGGUCAAACACCCCUGGAACUCCAAGCACCAUAGAGUCAACUCCUCGCUAAGACUGAACUUUAAAAUACUUAAAGACAAAUACAAAGCAAAACAAAAUCCUCAUCC